UCCAUGGAGCGCAGCAAUAAUCAGAGUCCUUGAACCAAACACGUUGGAACGCUUUCCCAAGAAAUUGUACUGGCUGAGUCCCUGUCAUUGUACCUCGAUAAGAAUCCAUCAACAGAAACAAUGAAACAUUAUCCGAGAUGAACAGCACUCCAGCACUUAUCACCAAGCCCUCUGACCCCAUUGCACCGGCGGAUCACGUCGGGACACGUCUCAUGAUCUCCCCCGGGAGUGCCGGGUUCUGCUGCCACCCACAAAAUAAGCUCGGAUCUGCCGCGCUCAAUCAACACGAAAAGGGGAUGAAAAAGUUCAGAAGUGAUCCGAGCACCAAAUUGAAAUGGGAAGGACGAACAGCUCCUACCAACAUUCUUCACUCCCUCCCCGCUCGUUUCGUAUCCCCACCGCCACUUCGUACCUACUCGCCGUCCCCUCUAUAUAUACGAUCCGUGAAGCCUUCACUUCUCCACAUGCACUCCAGCUCGAGCUGAGCAGCACUGAUCAGUGGUAGGCAGUACGAGCUACGGAUACGUCUCCUCUGUUUGCAGUGCUCUGUUUCUUGGCAAUGGUUGUCCUCGCGAAGCCGCCGGCGCUCGACCAAAAGUCGCUGCUGAGGUCCCUCGAGCCCGGGGGCGCCAACUUCUCCGGCGUCCCGGCAGUCGACCUCUCCAGCACGGACGCGGCUCUGGCCGUCGUGGACGCGUGCGAGCGGUUCGGGUUCUUCAAGAUCGUGAACCACCGCGUGCCCAUGGACGUCUUGGACAGGCUGGAGGCGGAGGCCGUGAGGUUCUUCGCGUCGCCGCAGGCGGAGAAGGACGCGUCCGGCCCCGCCAACCCGUUCGGGUACGGGAACAAGCGCAUCGGGAGCAAUGGCGACAUGGGGUGGCUCGAGUACCUCCUCCUCGCCGUCGACCACGCCUCGCUCUCCAAGGCCUCCCCUGUCCCGUCCUCCUCGCUGAGGGACGCGGUAAAUGUGUACGUCGGCGCGAUGCGGGGGCUGGCGAAGUCGGUGCUGGAUGCGGUGGCGGAGGGGCUCGGCGUGGCGCCGAAGGACGCGCUGAGCAGGAUGGUGACGGACGCAGCGAGCGACCAGGUGUUCCGACUGAACCACUACCCGCCGUGCCCGCUGCUGGAGCGCCUUCCCGACUCGUGCAGCGUGAUCGGCUUCGGUGAGCACACCGACCCGCAGCUGGUGUCCUUCCUUCGCUCCAACGGCACGGCCGGCCUGCAGGUCGCGCUCCACGACGGGCGAUGGGUGCCCGUGCCGCCCGACCGCGACGCCUUCUUCGUCGUCGUCGGCGAUUCCCUGCAGGUCCUGACGAAUGGGAGGCUGAAGAGUGUGCGGCAUCGGGUGGUGGCCAACAGCCUGAAGCCGCGGGUGUCCAUGAUCUACUUCGCGGGUCCGGCGCCGGCGCAGCGGAUCGCGCCCCUGCCGCAGCUGCUGGGGCACGGCGAGCAGAGCCUGUACAGGGACUUCACAUGGGGCGACUACAAGAAGGCUGCCUACCGCUCACGCCUCGGCGACAACCGCCUGGCCCCCUUCCAAAACUAGACACCUGUCCAGAGACAGCAGGUUCGUGCAUGCAGAUGCUUCUGCCAUCAACAAAAGCUCGCUCUCCGGGCUCCUCGAGCCUGGAGAGGGCCACCAAGCUAGUACUGAUUGCUCGUCCCAUGGACCAAGUGUCCAAGAGGGACAGGCCGGUUUGGUAGGUAGGGCUGGAUCAUGUGGAGACGUGUGCGUUGUGUUGGAUUGUUCUUCUUGUUUUGGGUUGUCAAUUGUACAGUACUAGUGGUACUAGAGAGCUUUGUAUUGGCUCCGGGCUUGAUGGUGUGUGCGUGUUUUCCAUUUAUGGUUUCACAUAUUUUCCCUGUUUGUUGUACAUUUGGUAAGAACAAACAAACCCAAAUGUAGCAAGGGCAGAGGUUAUGUUUGUCCUUUGGUCUA